GCCCAGGAGGGGGGGCUGUCAUCUGGGGCUGGAGCCGAGCAAAGCAGAGCCGAGAUGAUAGGCACCGCGUGAGAGAUCUGCAGCUCCCCGGCUGCAUUUGCUCACCGGUCAGCAAGGAGGAGGAGGAAGGUCAGGACCAGGUAAGAAGGAUGAGUGCUUAUGCUGACAUCUCUGCAUCCAAGCAGGCACUACGGGGGACCCCAGACAAUGUUUACCAGCGCUAUGGAGUUCGCUCUUACCUGCAUCAGUUUUAUGAGGACUGCACAGCAUCCAUCUGGGAGUAUGAUGAUGAUUUUCAGAUCCAGAGAUCACCCAGCAGGUGGAGCUCUGCAUUCUGGAAGGUUGGACUCAUCUCGGGAACAGUGUUUAUGCUGACAGGGAUCAUAGUUCUUAUAGCAGGUUUCCUAGUAUCCCCUAAAAUUGAAGCUCUUGGAGUAGAAAAUUUUGUGGUGGUGGAUACACAUGCUGUUCAGUUUAACAGAGCCCUUGACGUGUGCAAGUUGGCAGGAGCAGUAUUAUUUUGCAUUGGGGGAACCAUGAUGGCAGCUUGCUUGCUUAUGUCCGCUUUUGCUAAAAGCUACUCCAAAGAAGAAAUGUACCUGCAGCAAAAAUUUAAAGAGAGAAUAGCUGACAUAAAAGCCCAUGCUCACCCAGUCACAAAAGCCCCAGCACCAGGAGAAUCCAAAAUACCUGUCACAUUGUCCAAAAUUCAAAAUGUCCAGCCAUUAUCUGAGACCUGAUGUUUUCUCCCAUCUUGUGAAUUUGUAAAAGUUGGCUUUGGCUAACAAGUGCAUCUGUCUUAGCAGUGCAGCAUCACUGCAUUCUAAACCCAGUAGGAAAAAGAAGCAGUUUGGAGGGGAAAUCUGAUGAGAGUAUAGAAGAGGCAAGAAGGUGAAGGCUCAGCCAUUAGUGGUUUGAAUAGAGCAUUGAAAUAUGAGGUGUGUGUGUGUGUGGUUGUAUGUCUGUUUAAAAGUGCAUUGAUCUCUUCUGAACCACAAGACUUUGCAGAACACAAUACAGUCUCCCCCACACCUUGCUUUAUUGUCGUUAUGUUAGCCACAUCCGCUUGUUAUAAUAAUACAGAAUUCUAAAGAUUUCCGAUUAUUGUGAAUGAGUCAGUGUAGUUCUGUAUGCUGCUUGAUCAAUCUUGUUUGGCUCAUCCCUUAAUGGGAAAGACUAAACAGGCUGUGCAUCCUCUGACAUAUGAUCCAGAAAUCUAUUUCUCUCUCUGACAAAGAAGAGUCAUAAACCAUAGCUAGUUCUUGGCUUAUGAUUCUGGCUUCUUGAGAGAGAGGCAACCGAGCCUCCCUGAUUCAUGUGCCAUGAUAAAUCACAGUUUGAAGGCACAGGGUUUGUUUUGCCAGUCUCAUUUGCAGCAAGAGUCAUCAGAUACCAGCAUGCUGCUUAUAAAUGAAAGCCAAGGAAUUAGUGGAGUGCUGGCUUGGAGUUAUAUGUAAACUGGGCCACUUUGUUGUUUCCAGAUCAGUGAUAUAUUUAAAUCUGUUUUUACUGUAGACAAUGUGAUUUAGGCUCUAUUAUCAGUGAGUUAUUCAGAAAUAAUAGCCAAGUUCUACAAAGUGAUGCAAGUAGUAGUAAAUUUAUUUGAAAUUUCCAUCACAUCUGUUUGUCCUGUGAGUGAGGAAGGCUCCACUAUAAACCAAAAGGCAGGUGUCUUGUCCAGCAGCCCAGAUUGGUGUGGUGCAAUGUAAAAGAGACCACCAGUUGAACAUAAUUUUCCCUCAUGAUCAUGCAGCUUUAUUAGUUUACUACCAGUGCUUCUCACCUCUCUGUCUGUUUAGUUCAUGCUAAAUGGUAAAUUGUCAACUCAGUCAUGCUAUCCAGCUGUUCUUGUCAUCAAAAAAGGAAGGAAGGAAGGAACAACAAACACAAAACUUCCUUUGGAUUUAAAGUAACCAGAAUUCCACACAUUUCUAUAGCAUCCUGAGUGUAUUAUUCCUGUAAUCAUUGUAAAAUGUUCUUUUCUAUACUGUAUUAUGCUGUAAUGAAAAAUGACCUGUUCUAAGCUCAAUAUAUAAUGCCGAGGCCCUCACUGCCUUAUUUUACAUUUUACUUCCAAAGUGUUUUUUUUUUAAAGUGUGGGAAGUGAUAUUUUGAAAGGUGUCACUCAAUUAUGGUGGUGAUUAUUUUAGAAGGAAAUGAAAGCUAGUUUAACCCAGAUACAAUUCUAAACUUAAAUCUUUAUUAGAAAAAAUGUGACAGGUGUUUUGUUGUAGAUGGGUAUAUUUGAAUUGGUAAGGGAUAAGGAUAAUAAAAUCCCCAUAUUGUGCCUUGUGUGCACUGUGUCAUGUGUGCAGACCUUAAUGAAUUGUACACAGCACUCCCAGGCCCAUAUAGGCAACUACUCUGUUUAUGCCCCUUGGAAGAGAAAAUGUACACAACAAAUGAAAUACAUGCACAGAUCUGAUGCCUUCAUUGAAGAACUAAAGCCUUCAGAUCUACCACAAAUGUCUAGAUUGGGACUUACUUAAAUCAGAAUGUGCAAAGUGUGUGGCCAGUCAAUAAGACAGAAAAAAAUAUAUCAAUGAGGAAGAACACAUAAACUACUAUUGUAAGUAGAGAAAUCCCCUCUCCUCUCCUAUUGUGUUAUUUGAGUGCAGAAUACUUUUAGCACUUUGAAGUCAGUUUACAAAAAUGUAAGUAAGCCAAAGAUGAAGCGGAAAGUGGGAAGAAGAGAGAGCUGGGACAUUUUAAAUGCAGCUAAGAAAAUAGAAUGACAGAAGAUUAACUGGGGCUGUCCUUGCUAAAUCAGGACAGUUGGAGAGUAUGAAACUGGACCUAUGGUACAUACUAUUCUGCCCUCCAAGACAAAAGAAAGUCCAGGCACUGCCACCAGUAUCUGCUGUCUGAGGUGGCUACCUCAGUCUGUCUGAUGAUAGAGCUGGCCCUGUGUGUACUUAGAAAGCACCUCUCUCCUAAUUCUUGCCCAGGCCUCAUUAACUGUUGUAAGUCUAUUACAGGAAAAUAAUCUUGGUAGACCACGUCUGUUUUUCAACAUGUAAUAUUCUUCCUUAAACUCAGCUGUCUGACCUUGAAAGAAACUAUCAGAUGUUACACUUCUAUUUUUCUAGAUAAUAGAGAAAGCUUAUCCUUAAUCAGAGUACAGCUAUGUAAAUGCUUACGUACAGAUUUGUCCUUUCACUAAAGGUAUAAAUUGUCUUUGUCUCAAAAGACACACUUAUCCUUAACCUUUUAAUCUAUAGAUCUAAAACAAAAUGGUAUAAAAAAAUUAAAAUGUGAACCUUGUAUUCUUCAACAAUAUGUACCCAGUGUCUGUCUCCUUUUUUUAAAGGGUUCGAUUAAAUUCUUAAG